AUGCUGCAUGAACGUGAAGCCUGUCCUCUUGAUGAUUUUAUGAGAAAAACAAUUUUGUCCAACGCUGAGACAGAGGAUCAAACCUGGUCUCAAUGGCUGUUGCUAGGUCUCCUACCAGGGAUGGAGAAGGAUCAGAGUUUCUUUGAUAGACUGCAAAUUUAUUGUUUGGUACAUUUGAGCCAUAUUUUAUCUGGGACUUUGCAGCUAGAAUGUACGAUCAGUCGUGUUCAAACAGUGGAAGGAAAUUGCUGCAGCGUCAAAAGUUCGUCGGUGUCUAGGCACAGUGUGACCAAUGAUGAGUUUGUUAGUGUAGCAGAACUCAGUCAGUUAGUGGCCUUUCUUUUGGAGAUUGUAUCGUUGGAAACAUUCAGUGAGACCCAGACGGAACAUUUACCCAGUCUGCUAUGCAGUAUAAUAACCAGUCUGACAGAACACUGUGACCGGCUGUCUGAUAGUGAUGUGAUCACCAGUCUACAACUGUGUACCAAGAUUUUAUCCAAGGUUCAACCAACCAUGACAACAUCUUGGUCACAUGACCUAUCAUGUGAUGAGUCACAUGAUGUUGUAGAAAAGGUGGAGGUGAAUGAUGAAGUGGUUCCUCAAAAGACGGAUGUUGUAAAGCCUAUGUCAGUAGAGGAAGCUCUUGAAGUGAAUAAAAGUCUGAAAAGAGCUGAAUCAUUAAAGGGGGGCGAUGACGAAGAAAAUAUGUUAAGUUCCCCUGAUAGUGAUAAAAGUUCUGACUCACAGACUGGUAGUUCUUGCAGUAGAAAAAGUGAUAUUCUUACCAAUAAAAAUGGCAAACCAGUCAAGCAAAGUGAGACUGGUUCUAGUGCCAAGGCUAGAGGGGUCCAUUCUAGAAAACAUUCCAAACAGAACCAGACUGCAAACUUGAUGCAGAAAUGCACAGACUGCUUUCAACACUUUUUCCAUGAGCUAGUGACCCAAAAAUUCAUAAGGGCUGAAAACUUGGCAGAAACUUAUUUUGGAAGCAUUGUAACCAGUCAGCCAAAUUGUGAGAGUUAUGAUUCAGAAGACGAAGACUUGUUUAAUAACAGUGAUAAUUGUGAUAGAAAAAUCAUUCUUGAGAAUGAGAAUGAAGAAAGUUUGAAUACAUUUUCAUCAGCAUGUCAUCUGUUAGUAGAGUUUGCAAGUUUUCCUAUGUAUGGUGCUGACACUAGACUGCCAAGAAGACAACUAUCAAAAGAAAGCUCAACAGUUCCAUUAUGGGUUCAAGACCUGGUUACAUGCUGUUGUUUUGUUAAUAAUUUUCACAUGCAGAGCUCGGCCAUCUCAACCAUGUUGGAUCUGAUCAUCUUGACCCAGUCUGUUCAAGUAGAACACAGAACUGACAGUCCUGGGAACCAGUCAGACUCUGGUCACAUGACUGUUCAAAUAUUACCCACACUGCAUUGGGAGGACCUUGAGUUCCUGUCUGAACAUACAGAUUUCUUUAAGAUGUCUGCUGAGAUUUUAUGGAGUUUUCUGGAUGAAAGGACACCACAAUAUCACCUGGCUACUGUAAAACUGUUCUACAUGUUACACCAGGUGGCGCCAUCUAGUUGGAUCUGUGAAAAUGUCAUAGGCACACAACUCAUUCAUGACUCUCAGAGUGUUCAGACAGAUGCGUUUAAGAAGUUCUCUGUAUUGUGGCAUCUUACAAGAAACAAGAAAACUGAUGUUAUCCCUGGCAAACCACUCAGAACAUUUAACAGGUCAAUGUUUGUGGUAUUGGACAGUUUAAAAGAUGAGACAAGUCCACUAAAGGUGAUAGUAACAACCUGGCUCACACAUGUUAUACAACAGGGAGAUAUAAACAGAGUUAUGGAACCUCUCAUACAAAUGUUACUACACCCAGAUACUGCAAGGGUAUCAGUACAGCAUGUGAAUGUUCAUCAACCGAGAAAAGUUUGUCUAUCAGAAAGCAGUGAAGAAAAUCUUGAAGCUAACAUCUAUGCCAUCAGCAGUGAGGGUGGUAACGUCAUAUACCACGUCAGCUCAACCAAAGAUGUUCCGAAAAAACAGUUCUCUGACGAACUCAAGUCAUACGCUCUCACCGUCCUUGGUGAGAAAGGUGCUCAUACGGCCCCAAUGAGAUCAAGGUCUGAACAAGAACUACAUUUUGAUAAAGUAGAUCCGUCAAAUGUUAGUCUAAGGAUUAAUCCAUUUGGAUCAGCAAAUUCUUUAGACGGUUUAACAUCAGAUUUAGGUCUGGCUACUUCACGUAGAGAUAACUCUGUUUCUAAAGCUAAAAGGCUGGACAAACAAACCUGUGUGAAGGAAGGAAUAUCAUUCUCUGGCACUGAAGAGUCUCAAAAAGGUGAAAUAACUGGAGAUGAAACUGAUGAUAAUGAUUCGGUUACAAAUUCAGCAGAAAAUAUAGCUAUGGAUAUUAUAGAUGAAAUUGUGCAGAAUGUAACAAAAGUGAAUGGUGCUGAUAAUGCGACUGGGAGCACUGAAAGCGUUAAGGAUGCUGUAAAGACACAAAGAAAAAAAUUAACAGAAAGGACAGACAGUGUAAAUUCCUUCACAGCAGCCGAUGAUCUGUUAAAUUCUGUUCAAAGGCAGAGGGUUGAUUCUCCUACACCGAGUGAAAAAGAUAUAGCAAUGUUCCAAGAGAUAGAUAAAGAUUCAACAAACAUACAUACACUUCAUAUGCAUAUGUUACUGUACAUACAGAAAUAUGACUAUGAGAGAACACUUUAUGCUCUAUCCACUCUGAAAGCAAUGCUUGUUGCAUGUCCCAGGCACAUGGUUACAGCUCUUGUUACAACCAACAUCAGUACAUUAAGAUCAACACAACUAGCCAAACUGCAGUUGCUUCUGGCUCGGCAUCGAAAAUCGGUUUUUGGAAAAAAUUUCUUCGGUGAAAUUCCAGCAGACGUGAUGUCAAACUACAGAAGUAGCAUGUUCAUCGAGAUUUUUAUCUCAGUUUGUUUGUACUUUAUUAGAGGCUAUUACCCUAACUUGAUGAUGAGUAAAAUGUCCCUAGAGGAGUUGCUAGGUAACAAACAGGUGCACAUCUUAGCAACAGAGACCUUGACCUUAAUGAUGUCAGAAAUAGUCAGUUUGAUGAGGGAUUCUGGGAAAAACUUUGUUUCCUACAUCAGUGACUUGCUUCAAAGAUGUAAAUUGCAGAAAGCUCUUCUACACUGUAUUUUGGCAGAAAUUUAUAAUGGCAGAAGGAAAGUAGAUAAUGAACACUUUGGACAAAAAAUAUCCGAGGCAAUAAUCACUUUUAAUGAGGACAGCAUAGAUCCGUCUGCUACAGAAGCAUUCCAAAUCAAACUGUUAGAUCUGCUUCUAGUAAUGAUAAUGCUGGAAGAACAGGUCAGAAAAUUUCAGUCAGCGCCUGAAAGCACCCCUACAUCUGAAUGGGAUAGACUUAAAGUGAACUAUCAGCCGUCCAUGAAGAAUGUUAGAUACAACAUGGGUCACCCCAUUGUUGACCAAGGGAUGUUUGUGUCAGGUGUUCUCAGUGCAUUGAAACAGUCACAUACAAGUCACAUGCAUCGUCAUUGGGUUUCCAUGGUAACUUCAGCAUUACCUUAUAUGGGCAAGUACCUGCCAGGUAUUGUGAUGACAGUGGUAUCUCAGUUAUGUAGAAAUAUAGAAGCACUGGCAGCUCAUUAUGAAUCAGACGGCAAGUCAAGUCCAUCCUGCAAGAUUCCACCUGACCAUGUGCUGACCAUGUUGAGUGGUCUGAUGACAUUGUGUCAUUACUGUCUCCUAGACAACAUGUCCCCUGUUUCUAUUGGUCAACAGGCCCCUAGCAACACUGGUAACAACACAGCAACAACAACAAUAAACACAAAUAUUCUCACCAAUUUAUUCCAUGUGUUUAAUCCAGUAGGAGGUAGCAAGGAGGCAAGUCCACAGAGAGAUCUUGGCGCCAUGUCACCAGUACUGGAUGCACGGAACAGUAUACUCAGUGUGAUGCCAAGAAUUAUUGCAUGUAUGGCAUCAUUGUGGAGAGCAAUUAAUAUUGUAGACAAACAAGAAGAAUCUCCAGUCCUUACCAUGGGAUUUCCAAAGGUUGUGAGACAAUAUAUCCUAGAGUUUAUUAGCCCUAUAUCUCUGCCACAUGGUUUACAUUUACUGGGUGCUAUAGCUGUGGCAUGGAAUGACAGACGUAAGAAAAUUACAGCUAAAAAUAGCAGAAAGGUGGAGCCAACAUGCUAUGAAUACUUGUUGGUUACAGACGUUUUUGUUCAGUUGGUAAAAAUCCCAUACUUACUUUCCCCGCUUCGGACAGUUUUGCCAACCCUGUGUGAUGAUCAGCUAUUACUAGUAGACCUAGUUGGUGCUAUUAAAGUGUUCCCAACAGAUACAUUGGUCCAGACAGUGAAAGAAGUGAUCAAUAAUCCACCAUCUAGUGAACUUAGUAGAACCAAGAAAGGUGUACCAUUAGAAGUGAACAUGUUACAGUUUUUCUAUGCAUAUGUACAGAGGACAUCAGCCAAUCAGCUGGUAGAUUCAUGGUCAUCUUUGUCCAGUCUUCUCAAAGAUUGUCUACAACUUAAUCUUGUAGCUCCUGGACAAUUUCUUCUUCUACUAAUACUAAAUGAGUUUGUACAGAAGACACCAUCAAUGGUUGACAAGAAAAAGCGGGAAAUCCAGGAAAUAGCUCAGAAAUUACUGGAAGCAGUCUCAAAUAUAGCUGGUUCCAGUCUUGAACAGACAACAUGGUUGAGGAAAAACUAUGCUGUAAAACCCGGGCCACAGUCUGACGAACCCGAAGAUGGGAACCAGAAUGAUGAUGAUUCUGUGGUAAUGGAGAGGAGAGUUGUUGAACUAGAACCUACAUCAGUUAAUUCUGCUGACAGUAAAUACAGUGUACAGGCCUUAGCUGCAUUGGCAGAGAUUACUGCAGCAUUACUAGAUGUUAUAUAUACAAGUGAAGAGAAAGACAAAGUUCCUACAUUCCUUACAACACUACUCUAUAAUAUAUUCCCUUAUCUCAAAAGUCACAAUACAAAUAAUCUCCCCAGUAUACGAGUGGCCUCUCAGUUCCUGUCAUCAAUCAGUAGUUACCAGUAUACAAGGAAAGCAUGGAGAAGAGAGGCCCUGGACUUGCUGCUGGAUACCAGCUUCUUCCAGAUGGACAUGGAGAGUAUAGGAUACUGGGUUACCAUUGUAGAUAAUCUCAUGACUCAUGAUAAAACCACAUACAAAGAUCUCAUGGGUAGGUUUGAAUACAAAAUACAAAUCUGA